CACUUGUUCUGCAGUCAGCGUGUGCUUCUCCAGCUCUCUCUGCGUCUCUGCAAGAGUCUCACCUGAAGAUAUGAACGCUGGACUCUGUGUAUGUGUCCUGCUGGCUGCUCUCUCCACCAGCAGCUGCCUUUCCCUCCCUGUACAUUCAGAGGAUGGAGCUCAGUCUAAUGUGGGCUCCGCAGCGGGACACACGCGCCACACCCGCGCAGCGCCACCUGCUGGACAAAUUAACCUGCUGACCAAACCAGAGGACGGCGAAGAACCUCGCAGCAGCCUGACCGAACUACUGGCCAGAAUCAUCUCAACCAAAGGCUCAUACCGCAGAAGUCCCGCUGCGAACAGCAGGUCCAUGGGUGCAUCUCACAGAAUAAAGGACAGGGAUUACCUGGGAUGGAUGGAUUUUGGCCGACGGAGCGCCGAGGAGUAUGAAUACUCCUCAUAAGACCCAUUCAACCGAUCACAUCAAUCCACCCGAUUAGCCGAUCAUCUGUACAGAGUCAUCCGCUUUUAAUUUCCAAUCAAAUCACAGUCUGAGCUCGGUCUGAUGUAAAUUUGUUUGUACAAUGAAGAUGAUGCAAUAUUUAAAUAAAUACGUGUCCAUCGAUAUACAUUUAUUUUGCAGAAAAAAAAUGAGUGAGAAUGUAGUGCUUUUAUCCUCAUAACUCGUGUAUAUAUAAUUUGGUCCUCAUUUUCGACAUAUCACAGGUGUCUAUGAAUAAAUCAUUGCCUUAACUCACUCAUCUGAA